CACGCUUGUAUGUGUACUCGAACGUGAAGUGCGCAUACACACAUGACACGUGCAGGGACGCGCUUACGCAGUUGUAUAUAUCAUACGUGCGUUCCCAUGCAAGCGUGCUCCAGUGUCGCCACUUAUCGAUGUCCAUGACUUUGUGCAAAUACAUCUCGAUAUUUGUGUGUAAGUGGAGCGUUCCAAUGGAGACCACGAUUAUUCAUAUGAAUAGCGCGAUGAAGCCCAAAGCUCUCAUCUGAAUGUAAUCACAACACAACAGGCAAGGCUGCGAGGGGACAAGGGAAAAGUUUCUACAGAUUUUAUUGUUGUUGUUGGUUAUUUUCCUCUCGUCCUCGGCGCCGUGGGUUUUCGGUCCUGUUCUUGUACGAGCGGUAUCCAGCGGCCUAGGCGGACACCACGUGAUCCUGCGUCGCAGCCCCUGGAUUUCGUCGACGUUGCCCAGUGAGAGGAGACGGCCCCACAGACUCAGUGGACUCAGUGGCGCGGGCAGUGCAGUAGGACGCAAGGCGAUCUAUAGGUAGGACGUACCGUGCGAUGCCCUUCUUCAUUGGCACAGCUUCCAGGCCGAGACGGUGUAGGCCGUUGCAACCGGCGGACAUUUCUCGGUUGGUCGGCGGGGUCGGCGAUCGAUUCGGUGUCGGCAUCGGGCAGUGUGCCCAAGGCCAUAUAUAGUCUCUGUCUCAAUGCCAGGCCCGGAGCAGAUGGAUGUCCACCGUGGUCCCUUUUACCCACCCCCAUAGGUGCUGGCAGCGAACUGUCACUUUAUAGAUGAAGCCGGGGGUGUGCCGUCGAAAUUAGAUAAGACAGCAGCACGGUAUAUAGAGGACAGCACGAUCGCAUGGCCCUUGCUGCUCUGCGCUGAGCUCGCUAGCGAAUACUCAACUGCUGCGUUUUUCACGAACGUCAUUUCGUCAACCUUGAGUGAAAGCCGCCGGUUGAAUUUCCGGUAGAAAUUUCGGUAGAACCGGUAGAACUCUGCCUUGUUUUUGUGAAUCUGUGCGGCGGAAGGGGUUUCGGCGCACGUUUUUGUACGAUAUUCUAUUUUUCUUCUACAUAUUUAGUCACUGGACUGACAUCAUGUGGGGCGGAUCGGAGAACCAGUCCCAGAAGACGCUGGGGAUGACCUCGGCCAUCAGUCUGGCGCCGGCCAAGCCAGCUGACCUGGAGAAGUCCCGAGAGCUAGAGAGCUUCCUGCGGGACCAGGACCAGUUCGAGGCUGACGUCGAGCUACACCAGAGGCUCGAGGUUCUUAGUAAGCUCAACACACUAGUAAAAAUGUGGAUCAGAGAUGUGAGUAUAGCCAAAAACAUGCCAGAAAGCGUCGCAUACACCGUCGGAGGCAAGAUCUACACAUUCGGGUCCUACAGACUGGGCGUCCAUAACCGCGGCGCCGAUAUCGACACGCUGUGCGUGGCGCCGCGGCACGUGGAGCGGUCCGACUACUUCUCCAGCUUCCUGGAGCUGCUGCGGAACACGCCGGGCGUCACCGACCUCAGGGCAGUGGAGGACGCCUUUGUACCCGUCAUCAAGAUGGAGUUUGACGGCAUCGAGAUCGAUAUGCUGUUCGCUCGCCUGGCACUGAAAGAGAUCCCCGAUGACAUGGACCUUCGCGACGACCACCUGCUGAAGAACCUGGACCAGAAGUGUGUGCGCAGUCUGAACGGCUGCCGGGUGACGGACGAGAUUCUGAGGCUGGUGCCCAACGUGGAGACGUUCCGACUGGCUCUGCGCGCCGUCAAACUCUGGGCAAAACGGCGCGGCAUCUACAGUAACGUGCUGGGCUACCUGGGCGGCGUGUCGUGGGCCAUGCUGGUGGCGCGGACGUGCCAGCUGUACCCGAACGCGGCGCCCUCCACCAUCGUCAACAAGUUCUUCCUCGUGUUCAGCCAGUGGGAGUGGCCGCAGCCGGUACUGCUGCGGCAGCCAGACAACGUCAACCUCGGCUUCCCCGUGUGGGACCCGCGGGUGAACGUGUCUGACCGGUUCCACCUGAUGCCCAUCAUCACACCGGCGUACCCGCAGCAAAACUCCACCUUCAACGUCUCGAACAGCACGCGCACAGUCAUGACGGAGGAGUUCAAGACGGGCCUGGCGGUGACCAACCAGAUCCUGGACAGCUCGUCGCCCUGGGAGCUCCUCUUUCAGCCGCACUCGUUCUUCGCCAAGUACAGGCACUAUCUGAUGAUCGUCGUGUCUGCGGACACCGAGGAUGACCUGCUCGAGUUCCGCGGCCUGGUCGAGUCCAAGAUCCGCCACCUGGUCACGUCGCUGGACCGCAACCAGAACAUCAGCCUGGUGCACGUGAACCCGGAGACGCUGCCGCCGCCGCCCGACUCGGCGCCGGGAGCACACAGCUGCGUCUGGGCUCUGGGCCUGGUGUUCAACAAGUCCGAGCACCUCAACGUCGAUCUGACGCUCGAGAUUCAGAACUUCACUGAGCACGUGCACAAGCAGGCCUACUCGACGGCCAAACAGCAGAUGAAGGAGGGUAACAAGCUGGACGUCAAGUACGUGAAGCGGAGACAGCUGGUGCAGUACCUGCCGGCGGCCACGCUGCAGCUCAUGCGGAAGGCCGCCGCAGGCCAUCCGCUGCAGCGCCGUCCGCCUGCAGUCGCGCUCCGACACGGCUCUGGUGCGGCCUGGGGAGACGGCCGAACACAGACUGCGACGCCAGAGUCUCUCGGCGGCGGCGCUCCCGUCUGCGGGCUCGAACGGCGCCUCACCCACGCCGGCGGGCCAGCGCACCAAGCGACCCUCCGAGUCGGGCACGGCUGGCGGCACGCCGGACUCGCUGGCGAAAAAGUCGCGCACCACGGACUCUGCAGCGGAUGUGGCCGGGCUCGCGAACGAGGAUUCCAACUCGAGUCUGACGACGGUGCAGACGGCGCCUGUCCCGGCCGCGCCCGGCUCGGCCACUGUCGACUCGCAGCUCAUUAAACAGGUGUCGUCCCGGCCGCCGGUGCCGCUGCAGGUCUCUGCCGACGGUGAGCGGUGACGCUGCCGGAGCGCCGCAGCCCGCUCCGCCGGCCCGCCCGAUGGUGCUGGAGGCAGGAGCGCGAGCGUUGGAGACCGGCCGAGCCGCGCGGCCCGCCUCCCGUGCCGACCAGUGACGUAUGUGUACCAGUGAGGUGUGGUGUGAGUGUGUGUGAGCGAGAGACUGAUUCCUGUCCUUUGUCUGAUUUUUAACGCAUCAUCCAACAUUCCUUAUCGAGAAGUUAUUAGAAAAGCAAAAAACCCAUAAAAACAAGAAAAGAAAAAAACGAUGGUUCGUUCACAUAUUACGUACCUGACUUCCUGUCUGUUCUGUACAAAUGCGAGUCUUUGUGUGAAUGAAUGCAGUGUGUUUACAUGUGGGGGUGCUUGGCAGUGCUCUGUUUCUAUCGUACGCAAGUCGAUAUUUAUGUGGAAAGGGUGUACAUUUGUAAAUAGCCAUUCGCAGACCAAUCGUUUCGUUUUCGCCUCAUACUUCGGAUCACCUAUCGGCCGCAGACCGUAUCAAACAAUAGACGCCAAUAAAGUUAUCUGGAAGA